AAUCUAUUUCUACAAUUCCACAAUCCAGCAUCUCUACAAAAUGAUUUCCUGGAUCAUACUUGCCGUGCUUGCAGCACCGGUCGUUUACCUAUUGUUACUGCACCACUUCAGCUACUGGAAGCGUCAUGGAAUCGCUCAACUGGGACCUUCGUUCGUCUUCGGUGACGUGGGCCAAUUCAUACGACAACAGCACUGCAUCGGAGUGAUGUGUAGUAAACUGUACGAAAUCAGCAAAAAUCUACCAUACGUGGGAAUCUACGUGUCAUUUCGCCCGGGAAUGCUAAUCAACGAUCCACAGAUGAUAAAAGACAUUACGGUACGCGAUUUCGAACAUUUUCACGAUCGAGGUUUACACGUGAAUGAGGAAAAAGAUCCCCUGAGUUGCCAUCUGUUUGCGCUGGGUGGAGAAAAGUGGAAACAUCAUCGAUCCAAACUCAGUCCAACGUUUACAUCCGGGAGGUUAAAGGAAAUGUUACCAAUAAUGAUGGAUGUUGGAAAGGUCCUGCAAAAGCAUAUCGAAAAACGAGCCGCUGUAGAAAAGGUGAUUGAUAUGCGGGAAGUUAUGGCACGUUACACAACCGAUAUCAUAGCAUCGGUCGGGUUUGGAAUUAAGAUCGAUUCUAUCAACAACCACGAAGAUAUAUUUCGACAGAUGGGUACCCGAGUGUUUUCUACGUCACUUAAAAAUUCGCUUCGUCUAGCAAGUACGUUCUUCACGCCCAAGCUAAACUCGGUGCUAGGCUUUAAGUUCAUCGAUCAAGAAGUGGAAGAUUUUAUGAUAAAUGUCGUAAAGGAUACAUUGGAACAUCGAGAAAGCAAUAACGUAAUCAGGAAGGAUAUGAUGCAGUUGUUACUCCAACUGCGUAAUCUUGGAACGGUUUCCAUCGACGAACGGUGGGAUAUCGGAGUGCCCAACUCACAUAAGCAGUUGUCGUUGGAGCAAGUCACCGCUCAUGCAUUCGUGUUUUUCACUGCUGCAUAUGAAACAUCUUCAACCGCGAUGUCAUUUUGUUUACACGAACUAGCUAAGAACAAAACUAUUCAGCACAAAGUACAAAAGGAAAUUGAUCACGUUUUAUCACAAAGUGGAGGCAAUCUAACAUACGACAACUUGGCGGAAAUGAAAUAUCUGGAAAGUUGCAUCGACGAAACACUUCGAAAAUAUCCCUCUGUUCCCUUUCUGAAUAGAGAGUGCACCAAAGAGUAUCCAAUUCCAGGCACCAAUGUUACAAUCCCGAAGGGUACCCCGAUAAUUAUUCCUGUAAUGGGCCUGCACAAUGAUCCUAACUUCUUUCCGGAACCGGAAAAAUUUGUCCCAGAACGAUUCAGCGACGAAAAACAGGCAACUAGUAAAGCAUAUAUUCCAUUCGGAACCGGUCCAAGAAACUGCAUUGGAAUGCGAAUGGGAAAAAUACAAACAAAGGUGGGUCUAGUAUCGCUGCUGUCCAAGUUCAACUUUGAUUUGGCUGAUGAAGGACAGAUGAAUAAAGAGCUGAAGUUAGAUCCACGUUCCCUAAUACUGAUGCCGGUUGGAGGCAUCAAUUUGACAAUCACGAAGAAAAUCGAUUCCCGCGAAUAAAAUUGUUUUUAAGAGAAAUAAAAUAAAAUCGCAGGCACGUAUUUUUUCAGCGCGAAAUAAAAAUUUGAUGGGCGGCCUGCAUCAGAGAUAACGGGGUAAUGCUAGACAGGAUAUCGUCACAGUUCAUGCAUCACUUCCAAGGAAUCCAAUCAUAUUCCAGAUAACUAAAUCAUUUUGAAAUAUCCAUCGUUUGAUAAGUUUUCAUGGAAAAAGUCUAACCCAAUUACUGCAAAAACCUUUAGCUGAUGGUAGCUUUGUAUCACACAUUAAAAUAUUUU